UUUUCCCUCGUGUCACCCUCAACCUCCCUCUCUCUAUACUUGAAGGCUGAAGCUAUAAAAAGAUGUUAAAAAGAAGCCUCUAAUUUCUCAAACAAAAAUUCUCAUGCCCGCUUAAAGGCUCCCAUUUUCUGUGACUCUGUCUGCUUCUCUCUCAUUCUUUCUCGCUCUAAAACAAUUUUGAGAAGAAGAAGAUUGAAGAAGACAAAGCCACACACCUUCACUUUCUUUUUUCUUUUACAUCUCCCAAUUUUCAACUCCAAAAUACCAUUUAAACAGAAGAAGCAGAAGAAAGAUACAGUACUCUCCAAGAAAGUUGUAAAUAACAUAUACAUUUUAAAUUUUUCUUGGAAGGUGCAUUUAUUUAUUUUCACCCGGACCUCAACUCGUUUGAAAUUAAAUGAUUGCCUUACCGGUAAGGCAGAGGAGAAAAAGGUCUAUCUCGGCCAGUUUGCCGGUGCGUUGAAAAUCCAAACCGGCUCAAAGAAUGAUUAUUGCCAUUUAACCCUGCUUUUCGCGAGAAAAGAAGUCGUCCUUACGGAUUUCCAUUUCUUUCAGAAAGUUAAUUAAUGAGGUGUAAGAAGCAUCUAGCCGACGCUAGUAGUAGCGUCGGUAUUUGUGCUUCGUGUCUGCGCGAACGGCUAUUUGCUGUGAUCGCGGCGGAGGAACAAGCACAAGCACAAACUCAUUAUAAACAUUAUGAGGCAAUUCAAAUACAGGAAGACCACCGGGAAAGAGUCACCAAUCCUCCGCCUCUAGCGUUUCCUCGCUCCGUUUCGCCGUAUAUUUCUCGCCGGAAAUCUGAUUCUACGCCCUUUCAAUUCCAGCAAUAUUCAUUUCAUGGAGUUCCAGAUCAAAGAUUUUUCAGUACUCCACAUGUGGGUCCCAACGGAAAAACAAUAACUGCUGCCACCUCGCAUAAGAAGAAGAGUUUCAAAUUUCCUUUGUUAUCGGGUCUGUUUAGAUCCGGGUCGAGUAAACCGGGGUCGGAUCCUAGGGUUUCAAAUUCUGGAGAUUAUUACCCCGCAUCGUCGUCUUCAUCACCGUCGUGGUUCUCCGGUUUUCUGCCCAUUCGCCGUAAAAAGCAAUCACGGACGUUUUCAUUGGACGAAUCGACGAUCGAAGGUAAACGGAGGAUUUGCCGGGACCACGAUCGAGGAAUGUCUCCGGCGCGAUGCACCGACGAGGAGGAAGACGAGAAUAUCCACGGCGGAUCGAGCGGGUACUCAUCGGAGACUCCGAGGAGAAAACCGGCCGCUCAACUUGGCCGGAGAACCGGCGGGAAGUCGGGUCAUAACCGGAGCUUCUCUGGGAUGGCGUUUUGCUUGAGCCCGUUGGUACGUGCGAGUCCGGCGAAGCCUCAACUGUCAAAUGCGACGUCAUUUUGCAAGAAUAGAUCGAGGAAGCUUGUAGAUUUCGGGAGGUUAAAUCCCAACCGUUAAAUUGCACUCGUGGAUAUUUGACCAACUUGACAACAUACGAUAAAAGUACGGUUUCGCCCUUGAUUUCUUAUAUGCCGUCAGUACAGUACUUUUACGUGAACCUAUUUCCUUUUUAGUUGGUAUCAAAAAUAAUGAUCUCUUUCUA